UUGAAGUGUUUGGGUAGAUAUAUUGGCGAAAGAAGCGUUUUUAAAAAUAUGUGAAGUAGGUACAUACCUACAAAUAUAUGAUAUGUGUAUCCAUAUCUCUAAGUACAGCAGAUAUACGUUUUAACUACCUACAUUUAAUUAUUAUUUUUCCAAAGUGUAAUAAUAUAUUUAGAUAAGUUUGAGUAUAAAGGAUUGGAAAUAAAAUACUUUGGGUAUUCCUAGUAAUGCUAGCAAUGAUGAAGGUCCUUGUCUUGGUGUUGUCCCUUUUUUCUGCAGGACUGACAGAUGACGAGAUCAAUUCCCGGUACUUCCCUGAAGGCUUCAAGUUUGGCGUCGCCAAUGCUGCCACCCAGAUCGAGGGAGGCUGGCUCGAAGACGGCAAAACCGAAAGCGUCUGGGACCGUUUCGCCCACACUCAUCCAGAGUUGAUCGCUGAUCGCUCCACGCCAGACAUAGCUUGCGACUCCUACCACAAAUACAAAGAAGAUGUGGCCAUGGUGAAAGCCAUGGGACUGGACUACUACCGCCUAUCCAUCGCCUGGGCAAGGAUCUUGCCCACGGGACACGCUGACAAAGUAAAUCAGGCCGGCGUACAGUACUACAAGAACUUGUUCGCAGAACUGAAAGCUGCCAACGUGGAGCCCAUGGUGACUCUGUACCACUGGGAUCUUCCCCAGAAUCUGGAGGAUUUGCACGGAGGUUGGUUGGACGAAACGAUGGCGGAUCACUUCGCGGAAUACGCGAGGUUGUGCUUCGAACUGUUUAAAGAUGACGUGAAGAUGUGGAUCACCAUCAACGAACCGAAGCAGGUCUGUCAAGGUGGAUACGGCACUGGACUUCUCGCUCCUGGUGUCGUUUCCAAUGGGGUUGGAGAGUACAUAUGCGCUAAGAAUGUAAUUUUGGCUCACGCGAAGGCUUACCACAUCUACAAUGAUGAAUUUAGGGCUACCAAUCAAGGAAGGAUCGCUAUGGUCAUCGAUACGACAUGGUACGAACCCGGAAGUGACAGCGAAGAAGAUCAGGAAGCAUCAGAGAGAAUCCUCCAGUUUAACUUUGGCCUAUACGCCAACCCGAUCUUCAUCGGAAACUGGCCACAAGUAGUGAUAGACAGAGUCGCACAACGCAGUGAAUUGGAAGGAUUCAACUCUUCCCGCCUCCCCUCCUUCACCGACGAGGAAAUCGCUUAUGUCAAGGGUACCUACGAUUAUCUGGCCUUAAACCAUUACUCCACCAACAUGGCCAACGCCACAGCGGACUCACCAAUUGGAGAUCCAAGUUAUGCAAACGACAUUAGUGUAUUGACUUGGAGGCAACCGGAGUGGCCGAGCGGUGCUGCUGAUUGGUUUGCCGUUGUCCCGUGGGGUUUGAGACAUCUUCUGGUGUGGCUAAAGAAGACUUAUGGUGAUGUUGAAAUAGUCAUCACAGAAAAUGGUCUUUCAGAUACUACUGGCAUAAUGGAAGAUGACCAUAGAAUAUCGUAUUAUCAGGGUUACUUGAGCGCUUGUUUGGACGCUAUCUACGAAGACGGAGUGAACUUGUCGACCUACACGGCUUGGAGUAUCAUCGAUGAUUGGGAAUGGAACGGCGGAUACACUUCAUUCUUGGGCAUGUACUACGUGAAUUUCACGGAUCCAGAAAGAACCAGGAUUCCAAGAAAGUCUGCCAGUUGGUUCACAAACAUGGUCGCCACUCGUUGCCUGGUAGAUACUUGUACAGAAUAAAAAGUCUCAUUUAUUAUUUUAGUGUGUAUAUUUGCAAAUAAUAAGUUCACGUGAUUUUAA